AUGGGUUCCUCAGCGCCGGAACAAGGCUCUUCACAUCUGCCUGUACAAGACCCAGAUGUCCUUGCAUCAGAAGACUCGACCGUCAUGCCAUCACGAGACUUGGCGCUUCCAGACUCGACUACCUCUACUUCGAAAAUUCUACCAAACAUCAGUGAAGGAAAUCGAGUGCUUGGACAACCAUCUCUCGAGGAUGCCUUGCUUCAGAUCCAAGUUCUGAUGGCCGAGAAGCAAGAUCAUCAAAAGGCACUCGACAACAAGGAUGCUCAGAUCAAGAAACGAGAGACACUUGUCUUGACUUUGAACCAAGAGAUCAUGCUCCAAGACAACAAGAUCUUCCAACUUCACCUUGAAGGCAAGCAAAAGGAUGCCGCUCUCCUGGAGAACAAAUACACCAUUGCAGAACUUGCGAGAAAAGUUGAAGCAGCCGAGGAGACCAAAGUCGAACUCACACUCUCACCAACAUGUCACUUGGAACUCGUGCCACUUCACCACAAGAGCCAGCAAAAUUGA